UUCGGAGGGAGGCAGGGAAUGUGCACUGUGCAGGCGACAGGGCGGCCGACAGGACGACAGGGUCGCAACUCGCAGAUAGCGACUAGCGACAGCAGGCCGACACACCGACACUGCCGACGACAGGCGACAGCGCGACUCAGCGGCAUGGACGCGAGUCGGAGCAAAGGGAGAAGCGGUUAGAGUUUAGAGUGGCGUGUGGAGUACACAGCCGAGCAGGACGCAGAACAGACGAUCUGAGCAGAUCUGAGCAGAUCUGAGAGGCGACCCUGAACGCUAAACGCGCGCGGCGCGGCUGACUUUACGCAGUUACUUCUCUCUCUUCAGCUAACCCAUCUCUCGUCUCGAAGAAAUGUCGUCGGCAUUGUCUGCAGUCGCCGUGGCGACGUUGGAGUAAACGUCGAAACAUGUCCGGACCGAUAGUCGGUCGCGCGCAGAUACUCGGUGACGGCGUACAGACAGGGGCGAAGGUGAUUUGCGCGGUCUGCGACAGGACUGACAAUCUGUCGAGGUGUUCGCGCUGCAAAGUCGUCUUCUACUGCACGAAGGAGCAUCAGAGACGCGACUGGAAACACCACCGGGCGUUUUGCUCGACUCAUCCCGCGGCCGCUGCACCUGCGACGACGACGACGACGACGACGACGACGACGACGACGACGACGGAGCUCCCGUUCUCCGUUGCUGUUCACGCAAACGAAAGCCGACGUCUCCCCUCUAUCGGCAAUAACACAGCCUCGAGCGCGCUGCUUCCUAACCUAAAGACAACAACGUCGAACGUCACCUCGUCGGAGCCGCGUCAAAACGCGAGGCAUUUGCCAGCAGAUUCUAUUGCGCAAGAAGAAAACGGAUCGAGUCAACAACAGGAGCGGAAAGGGAAUCAGAAUCUUAAAAAGAAAUCAAAUAGUGGAAAAACAAGGAGUGCGCAAAAUAACAAGGCCGAUGGCUGGACGUUGCCUAUAACGUACGAGGGAAGUUCAGAGGACACGAUACUCGAAUCUCAAGCUGAACGCUUGAAUCCCAUUUUAGAGAGUUGCAGCAUUUUUAACAGUUUUAGCAACGCGGAUCUUGGCUCGCCCGCUCAACAUCAUAACGGCAUGAAGAACUUGUCGGAGAUACAGGAUCAGGAAGAAGAACUUUUGCCUCCUUUUCUACAUAGGAAUAGAAGUACUCUCGACGAACUUCUAGACAAAAUUUGUCAAUAUGUGAUAAGGGAUAUGGACAAGUACGGCGUGUGCGUGGUAGACAAGUUUUUAGGCAAGGAGAGAGGUCUUAAAGUGUUAACUGAAGUGUUAAAUAUGUAUAGUGCCGGAUUAUUUCAAGAUGGACAAUUGGUUUCUAAUAAAGGUAGUGCCAACGACUUAAAGACGAUACGUGGUGAUCAAAUAAUAUGGCUGGAUGGGAAGGAAGAACAUUGUGAAAAUAUUGGCUUACUGAUUUCACAUGUCGACGCAAUCAUCAUGAGAGCGAAUAAAUUGCACAAUAAUGGGAAGAUGGGCAACUAUACUAUCACCGGUAGAACGAAAGCAAUGGUAGCUUGUUAUCCCGGUCACGGUUCACAUUAUGUGAAACAUGUGGAUAAUCCUAACCGAGACGGACGUUGCAUCACAGCCAUAUAUUAUCUUAAUCGAGAUUGGGACGUCAAGGAGAAUGGCGGACUUUUGAGGAUAUUUCCUGAAGGUUGGCGCGAUCAAGUAGCAAAUAUAGAACCUUUGUUCGAUAGGAUAUUAUUUUUCUGGUCAGAUAGGAGAAAUCCACACGAGGUGCAACCAGCAUUCAAGACGAGAUAUGCCAUUACGCUUUGGUACUUCGAUGCCGAAGAAAGAAAUCAAGCUUGUCGAAGAUAUCAAAGAGAAAGAGAACUGCAUACGAAGAAUAGUAGUUCGUGAGACACAGAGCGUGAGAAAUCACUACGCCGUCCGAUUGGACUGAAGUUAUACUUGUACAUAAAAUAUUAUGUAUUAUUAUGUAUUAUGAUAAUUUUUGCAGGAGGAAUUGAAUAACGUAUGAAGAAAAUUACCGAAGACAAUGCGUAUUUGCAAGGAAGUGCAAUAGACGUAAAAACGUACUUUUUUUUACAGAUGGUACUGUAAUAUAUGUGAUGAGUUAAUGUGUGUAGUUGUUGCAAUUUAUGCUUAUAUAUACAUAUAUGUCAGGGUUGAGAAGUAAUGCAUUACUUAUAAUGCCGUUACCGUUUUUUUUUUUUGUGUUAAAUGUAACAGUAAUGUUACAUUUUUACAUAAUAACAAAUUUUAUCCUUAUAAAUGUAUGAUAUAAGCUUAUGGAUCAUGUUAUGAUUGAUCAAAACCACUAUAGAUUUCAUAUUGAACUGUUCAAGUAACAACAGUGAUGUUAGCGAUGUUCAAAGGGAAAAAAGUUAACAAAAAAAAAAUAACAAAAGUGAUAAAUAAAAUACAUAGUAUUAUCGCUUAAUUAUUACUUUGAACGAAUUCACUACACAAACAAAAUUAAAAACAAUUUAAGCACGUAUUUAUUUCUACAAGAAAAAUCUGCAUGUAACUUAUUUUUUGGUAUCACAUUUAAUAUAAAUGAAUUUUUUGCUUAACAAUUUUGAUUUACAAUUUUCGGCUAGAUUCCUUGUCGACACCUAUUGCCCGAUUCCUUGUCGGUCACAUGGAAUAGCAACGACUUAUCGAUCAUAUAUAAAGUCUAAACCGUAAUAUUGCGACAGGCGACUCAGUACAUUUUCGAUUAUGAUUAGCCAAUUUGCUUACUAACUGCUUACAUUGUUUUAUAUGCCACUAGCAUUAUUCUAAUAUCUUGUUUCCACAAUGCUAAAAAUCAGUUUGAGAUCUCGAAGAAGACAGAAAAUUAAAUCAAAUCGCAUUUGAUUUAGCCAACUGACUAAUGCGAUUGUUCAGUCUCUCUCUGUCCAAAAUCUUGGAUUGAUUUUUAGCAUCGUGGACAGAAGGUUUCAAUAACGAGUAUUAGUAAUGAGUCACUUUUAAAAAGUAACGGUUUUAUAAUGUUCCAACCCUAAUAUAUGUAUACAUAUAUAUGAAAUUCUUUAUUUCGAUUUCUGAGAUUCGACGUCACGUGUUUGCACUUCGUAAUCUAGUAUUUAAAAUAUCAAAUUUGCUUCCUAUAUGUUUUGAAGAAAAUAUUUGUGUCGAUCAUUAACUUCCGUUAUGUAAAGUAUUAACAAUAUUUAGAGCAUGUUGCAUUUGAAAUAUUUUAAACGAAAUCAUAGAGAAUAUAAUGUACAAAAAAUUUCUUCCCGGAGUUUAUUAUUGCCGUUAUACACACCUUGAUUUCAUAUAAAUUUAUUUCCAUAUCUGUAUGCGCCAUUUUUUUAGCAAUAUCAAAGAAAGUAGAUGCUAAAAAAUAAAUUUAUAUUGCUCACACAAAGUGUGAUGUUAGUAUUAUCAUGUUGUAAUGUUAUGAUUGAACAUUAACAACUCUGUACGCUUACAGAAAGAUCAUAUUUGGUUCAUUACGGCCAGUAAUUGACUUAUGCUUCCAGUGCAACAAAUUGAAAUAAAUUGAGAUAAAUUGGGGCCCAGUCUGUACCUGUAUAAUGUUAUGUAUAUUGCAAAAUAGUAGAAAUACUGUGUUUAAUAUUCUAUGUAUCUAUUUAUAUGAAUUGAUAAGAAAGAAUAAGCAUGCGCGUACCAUCUGUGUCCAUCUAUGUAUUCACAAUCUGUUACACAAUUCUAUUAGUCAUCUCAAUGCGGGAAAUACAAAAGAAAAAUAGAAAUAAUUAGAAAAAGGUGUGUAUUAUGUUUAUAACAUUACAAAUGUUCCAUUUUAAAAAUUGAAAUUGUCGCCAAGUUAUUUCUUAAUAUUUCCUAUUGUAUUAAUGGACACAGAGAAUUAAUUGUAAGAAAUUAUUCAGAGGUCCUUUGUGAUUAAAUUAUUUUUGUCUCUUGGCUUUAUAAUUUAAUUUGUUUCGCGUUUAUACAUGGUGUCAAAAAUUAUAGUUUAAAUGAUCUAUUAUCAGCGCGUUUUCGAAAUAUUGUAAAAAUAACCAAGAUUUUGUUAUUAAAACGAAAUAAAUAU